UGUACAGCAAUGUGAGGGGCGUGAGGGGAAGAUUCAAAACUGAGAUGCCCAAAUAUUGUCCGACCGCAGCAAUAUGAGUAACAGAGACGCGUGUUAGGGGAAAACGCUCCAACUAAAUGGGAAUUGUCUCUUUUGAACGUGAUAAACGUCCACAGCUGUAGCAGAAGCGGGCUGACGCAGAUCAUAUUGAAAGAUUGAUUGCUUUUGUUCUGCUGGGAAGGCUGAGGAGCAUCCUGCUGGACCUCGGGAUUCCUCUGAAGAUGGAAGAAGAGCGCAGUCGGAAUAAAGAGCGUCUGGAGGCCAGUUUGGCGUGGCUGUGUGAGCUGGAGAUACUGAAGCAGCGGCAGGAGAGUCUGGUCCUCGGCGCCCUGUCCCUCGGGGACUCCGUGCCGGGAUGCCCCGCUUGGGGUGAUGUGGGUCCGGCCCGCAGCAGCAGAGAGCAGGAGCAGCUCACUUUAAGACGACAGCUGAACCGACUCCAGGGCGCCCCCAGCCUGCUGAUGCUGGCUCUGCAACAGCAGCUCAGUGAGUUGAGGCUGGAUACAGGACUCAUGUGUGAGCAGAAUACAGAGGAAGAUUUGGACUGUCCCAGUGCUUCUAGCUCAGGGUUUUAUGAGCAAAGUGAAAGUCUGUCUCCUCCACUGCGUUCCUGUUCCUCCCCAAACCUCAGUGUCUCCUGUCACAGGCCCAGAUCUGUGGAUGCCUACAUGCUGGACUGGGAGGGUCAUAUGGAGCCCACAGUACAUGCCACCAUGCCCCGCUCAUUUUCUGCCCCGUACCCCCCACUGGAGGGUAUUGCCGAGGGAAUAGAGGAGGAAGAAGAAGAUGAAGAAAGCCCUAAGUGGGUUACAGAUCAGAUAGUUGAUGAAAGCCUGACUCCAGAGAUGAGCCUCAUUUCUGAUGCUGAGGUAGAUCCUGCAGUGAAGAUAGUAGACGGCCCAACGGAAGAAGACAUCCAGCAGGCAAUGCGUGUGGAAACUUACAUCCUGGGACUCCUGCAGCGACGACACCUCAGAUCUACAGCAGAACUCAACUCUGAUCCCGAUCAGUGGCAUGACUUACACAUAUACCCACCCAGUUACCCACAGCUUGACCAAUCGGAAUGGCAGGAAUGGGCAACUCUUUCUGAGGAAGAGAAUGAGCGUGAAUCCCAAGAAUGUUAUUACAUGAACCUUCCCAGUGCUCAAGCUGGACCAACUUCCCUAAGCAGUGAGGAGCCAGAAUCCUCCUUGGAAAUGGAUCAGUAUGGAGUCGAAGAAGUCUACACCAGCAGCAACGACUCCCCUCGGCAUCAACAGGUUUACAUCGAACGCCGUCCCACAAUGUCAGACACCAUGAAACCCCACAUUCACACCUGCUGCAAUCACACCUGCGUACCUACGAUGUCAACUCCCGAGUCCCGUGACCAACACCAUUCCAUUCCAUCCCAAAAGUGGGCCCUUCUUCGGUCUCUAGCCAGAAGGAGUCAAGAGGAACGGUGGACAACUCUAGGAGAAAGACAAACCAAGUCGACCAUCCGCUCUCUGUCAGAGGACAAUUGCGUCUCUCAAGGAUGGACCGCCCAACCGGAGCACAAAUACUAUACGGUGGGACGGGACAUGGGCAGGCAUCAUAGUGACGAAUUUUAUCCAUCUAAUCAGCGCCUGUGGUGCUCCUCGGCGGAUCUCAGUCAAGAAGAAGAUGAGGGGAUAUUCAGAGAAGAUGUGCAUGAAUUCAGACUAAAUCAGUCACCCGCCAAACGCACUAGUGUUCAGUUCGUGGAGCAGGACCAGAGGGUGCAAGAGGCCGCUACUGUACCGACCGAUGGGUCCGACUCCAGUCUGAGCGAGACUUUCUCUCCAGGAACCAGUUCGUUGUCCAGUGACUCAGAUGAGAGCGGAGGGCUGGUCUGGCCUCAGCAACUGCCCCCUCGCUUGCCCCCAUCCCCCUCUUCUUCGCAGAAUCCCUCCAAUGCCGUGGUCAAGAUUAAAGCCUCGCAUGCGCUCAAAAAAAAGAUCAUGCGAUUUCGUUCAGGCUCUCUCAAACUCAUGACCACGGUCUGAGUCUGGCCAUGAACAUCUCUGCCUAUUUAUACUUCAUUUAUAAUUCAUUUGAGAGCUUUACAUAAUAUGCUUAUGUUAUACGUGACAUAUAAAUACUGUUUCCGGGUCCAAGCCUUUACUCCAUUUCAAAUGAGAAUACUGUCCCAACAGCUAUUUAUGAGUACUCAUUUAUAGCUCGCCUUUAAGCUAAGCUAUUGAAAACUCACAGUGUAUAAUCUCCAGCCUCACAAAGUUAUGGAUACCAAUAUUUUAAUUAUUUAGAAAAAACUGUUUGAGGUUAGGAUCAUGGUUUUUCUGUAGUUCUACAGCACACUGUGGGGGUAUAUUAGCACUGUUUGUUGCUUGCUUUUGGGAUCUUAUAGAGCGUUUGGACUCGGAAACUGUGACGUGAUGUCAGACUUAAACCAUAUUUACACUUGUUUAUAAGUCAAGCCUAAGUUUUUUUUGUUUUGUUUUUUUUGUUUUCCAGCAGUAUCUUACUAUCCUGAUUUUUCACCUUUGGGAUUAUUGUAUCUUUCUUGCAACAACAAGAUACAAAGCAAACCCACUAAGCACACCAAACCCAUUACAAGAUCAUACGGUUUUGGAUUUAAUAUGACUACUGUAUGUGCUCAUGGAUUAGUUUGUCCAAAAAUGAAGAUUCUGGCAUCAUUUACUCACCCUCAUGUCGGUCCAAACCUGUAUUACUUUCUUUUGUGGAGCACAAAAGGAUCACAUUGUAUUUUGUCCACACAACUUUGUCCAAAGUCAAUGGUCACCAAAACUGUUUGAUCACCAACAUUCUUUAAAAUAUUUGUUCUGCAUUAAUCAUAAUGAAAGUCAUACCGGUUUGGAACGACGUGAAGGAGAGUAAAUGACAAAAAUUACAUUUUUGGCUGAACUAUCCCUUUAACAAUGACUGUGGGCCUGUAAUGUUUAUAAAUCACUUUCUUCAGCUUCAAGUUCUAAGGCAUGCUCAUAAAUCUAUAUCUUUUCAACAAUACUGCUAUAUAAUUUAGCUUUCCCCUACUAAUUAAAGCCAUUUUAAGAUCACUGUUUUCUUAAUUAUAAAACAAUGAAAUAGAGGGAGGAGGCAAUGUGAGAAGAGAGAGUUAAACAGCAUCAGGAAAUGACCUUGAGCCAGGACUUGAACUCAGGUCAUCUGAAGAGUGUGGCCCACAAGGCCGUUUUUAACACUGCACUACCAGUGAUUAUGUCAUGUUUGUCCACUACUAUGUAAUGCAAAAUGGGAAUAUUUUAUCUUUGAACAAGCAAACAGGAAUUACUAGGAACAACAUGAAGAGAGAUGUGUGUUCACCUGGAAUUGGUUCUCAUUAGCUUAGCAUUUUAAAGGGGAAAUUUUCACGACUGAUCUCUCUCUCUCACACACACACGGCAGGAUGUGCCUGGGCUAAUGGAGGCAUCCUUAUCAGUACUACGUACCACUUUGCCUGCCAUGUCCCAGUGUUUUCUCUAGUUUGCACAUACGUUAUCCAUUCAUAAGAAUGAAGUCAGUUUGAUGAAUAUUUUGUAGCAUGUUUGUUAAAAAGGAAUUGUAGUGUCCUGAAAUUUUUUCAACAUUUAUAGUAAUUGGUUAGUAUUUAUAUUUUAUGAACUUUGAUAUCUCAUAGCUUCUUUACUGGCGCCACCUAGUGCAUUGGAGGACUUGGGAUAUUUAAUUUUCUUGCUGCUACACAGCCAAACUCCCUUACCUGUGCUGUACAGUGGAAUUACAUUCCAGUGUGGAGUGUAUUAAAAUAUGCCUUGCCUGAACAUAAUUUUUCAACUUUUCUGAUUUCAUGCUCACUGUGUAUUUUAGAGAUUUUCAUGUGGUCUUUGAAAAUGUUCCUGCUCAUUGCAUGUUGCAAAUAAACUCUUA